UGCUCUGCUGUUGCCAACCGCCGUGGAAAACAAGGAGGAAGAAGAAGAAAAGGAAAAACAAAAGAAGAAGCGGCAGCGAACAAACAGCGAGGGAGAGAAAGGAGAGAAACCCCGGGAAAACAGCAGCACACCUGUCAGACAGAAGAUGCUGAGGAGGAAACCGACUCGACUCGAGCUGAAGAUCGACGACACCGAGGAGUUCGAGAGCGUCAAGAAGGAGCUCGAGGCCAGGAAGCGUCAACGAGAGGAGGCGGAGUCAGGAGGCGGCGUGGGCGGGGCCUCUGUAAUCAGCGUUGAUAUCAUUGGGGGCGGAGCCUCAGCAUCUUCCUCCACAGCCGCGUCGAGGGCGGAGCUCAUCAACGAGAGAAUCGGCUACAAGCCCCACCCCAAACCGGCCACGCUGCCGACUUUAUUUGGAAGUUUACAGUUUUAAGAAGAAUAAUCAUGUUCGGCUGUUUGUUUGUGUCCAGGAAAAAUCUCUGAGCUCAGUUUGGUGAGUGAAUGUUUUACAACGCGCUAAAAAACCUUCAGAAAUAAAAACCUGAAAAUGAAGGAAAAGCAGAUUCAGCUGU